CGACUGCCCCUUUCAUGUUUAGUCCUAUAUAUAUUUAUAUACAGAGGGAGCCGGAGCUGUAGGACAGGGAGGGAGGGUUUGUAUCAGCAGCUGUGCAUGUGCCAGCGGGCCUAGUUAUAGACACACGGCUCCUGUGUGUGCGCCCGUUUCCUAGAUCUCUUCAUUAAACGUUAUUGCGCCUGGGCUACACGGUGAUUUGCAUUGCUGGUGCAACUGUAACAAACCCCGGGGGUGUAGGUGCCACUUAGAUUGUUAAGGACGGGGAAGGGCACUAGAUCCUUUGCAAGGGUAACAGGGAGAAGAAGUGUUUCUACUGGAUCCAACACCACUGCUCCCCUUCUGCAGGGGACAAGAAUGAGAGAGAAUGAGCCAGAGAGACACCCUGGUGCAUCUGUUUGCUGGAGGAUGUGGAGGCACUGUUGGUGCAAUUUUGACCUGCCCAUUGGAAGUUGUAAAGACCAGACUACAGUCGUCAUCCGUGACUCUGUACAUCUCUGAAGUCCAGCUGAACACUGUUAAUGGUGCCAGUGUUAACAGAGUGGCAAGAGUAUCACCAGGACCACUACACUGCCUCAAGUAAGAACAAAAGAAACCUACUUGAUAAGAAGAGAAAUUGUACCCUUUGGAUUAGUGCCCAGCUAUGAUUGUGCUGUUUUCUGGAGAUUUUAUUUUUCAUGGUGCCCUGUUAAUAAAUGUUUUUCACUGAACAAUCUAAAGGCAAAAAAAAAAAAAACUCCAGCAGAUUGACUGCAAAAACGUUAUUCCAGGUUGUGGUAACACUACAUGUUUCGGGUCAAUAUCCUUUAUCGAGUGAACUUUUUGCCUUUGGAUUAUUCAUAAAAUUGAAUUGCAGCACAGAGCAACUAUAAGGAAUUGGACAUAAUAUUUCUCAAUUUUCCAAGUACUGACCACCAACCUUCUUUCAAUUGUUUCUGGUCAUGCCCUUCUGGACCACUAGACCCUUCUUCCCGCAGAUUUCGUAUAAGGCUGUUCUAGCACUCCAGGAAGACUUAUCAAGGCUAAAACUGCAAGCAGUCAGUAACACUUUGGAAAAAUAAAGCAAAAGAAAAUAAUUACUUAUUCAUGCUCCCAUUUUUAACAUUUUAAAAUAUUGUGUGGCAUGGCUCUCUAGCACAGGUCUUUCUAUUUAUCUGUUAUUAGCUAUCAUGUUGGAGUCAUAAAAAAUGACGCACAGACCCACAACUAAAGCUGUAGUAAAAAUUGGCACUUUUAAAUAUUAAAUAUUUAAAUAUCUUUAUUCUACACUUCCUUUAAUAGUAACAUUGGAUUGAGUAUCCUUUCUACAAGCCGGGAAGGAUGAAAAAUAACUUGCCACUGCCUCUUAGUUCAUGCUGGCUGGCUCUGCAAUAAAUGACUUCCUGAGUGGUUAGCUGUUACCAUUGACCCAUUUCAGGCUGGGCUUCAUGUGUGAUAUACAUAUUCAGUUCAGUCAUCUGUAAAUGUUUGUGGCCUUCUCUGAUCUGCUGAAAGGUUUGUUUUUCAGGCUGAUUAGGAAUAAUUAGAAUGAGCAUGAUAUGAGCACAUAAUGCGUGGUUGCUCGGCUCAUAGGAAGUUUCCAGCUGCCUUCUGCCCUUUUCCUUUUCUGCUAACAAAAAAUGCACAAACAUAAAGUCUACAUAAAAUGUAAUAUAUUUCUUCAUAAUGCCAGGUUUAACAGUAACCAGAAGAAAUAGUGAAAACUUCUCCUGUGAUAAACAUUUAACACCCCCCUCUUUUUUGUGUUUUAAUUAAGUGUGUGUAAAAAAAAAACUGUAUACUUUUUGUGUUUGUCCUGCAAAUAAAUGUAUAGUACACAAAGGAA